GAUGCGGCAGUGGGGUAUUUUCGGGGGAUUCCCGGCGGCGAAUAUCCCACCGUGGAUUGUUCUCGCUGGUGCGGCGACGAUUGUUAGAAAGGCAUUGCCGUAGACGUCUCUCAUCCUUGGUGACUCCCUUUGCCAAUCCAACUUUGCUUCGUCGGUCCCCUGCAAGAUACACAGUGCAUCCACCCACAGAUAUCUCACUCCCAGCCUUCUUGCGAUGGCAAUGGCGUCUUGCAUUGUAGGGGGAAAAUCGGCAAACGGAAUGCCCCUUUUUCUUUCCUCCAGAUUGUCACGGGUCGUGACGAUGGCGGGCACCUCUCCCCAACAGUAGCUUAGAGCAAGGUACGUUCCUCGACGCAGGGCAGAAGGCUCAGGGUUUCCAGAAGGAGGCCUGUCCUCUUCUUGUCUCUAGGUCAAUGAGUGAGGUUCCUGAGAGCCAUCCGCCGGCUCGACAUCGAUGAUUCGGGACGGCAAGACGUUUUCACCUGUAUUGGGGCAUGUUCGAUGCGUCGAGCGACAAAGGUUGAUCAACUGGUUGAUGAGGCUGUACGCCUCAUCCGAAUCUGGUCGUGAGCUAAUCUCCCUGUGGCGGACGAGGCUUCCAGCGGGAUCGCCUGGGCGUUGGUCAGGGCGACUGUCUUGCGGCGUGAGCCCGGGAGGGGGGUUUUCACACUCAUCAUUGAUGCCGAACAAUCUCGAAUCGUAUUCGCCAAAAGUGUGUGGCUUGGGCUGGCUCGCGUCGCCGUCGGGCCAAACGUGCCAUCGUUGAGGGGCGUCUCCCCGCCAUUGCAGGGAAUCCAGGACCUCCACUUGACCGCACAGGAUCUUCACCCCGUACAUGGGACUGGGUUCGUUGGAAUAGACGGAGCAGCUCUCCACCGGGCUGCCCGAAGGAUUCAGCAGGAGCCUGGCGGGGUCUUCGCUCAACGGGUUUCUGCCCAGGAAUGAUAGGGCGCGCCAGAUCAUGGAGCAGAGUUGGCAUCCAUUCUCCCUGGUGGCCUCGCGACGCAGGAAGGUGGCUUUCUCAUGAUGCUGGAAGCUAUGUUCCGACCGCAAGCUAUCGAAGGAAACUCUUUGACAAAGCUCGCACAAUCUCGAAUUCGGAUCCAUCGGCAAUUGAAUCACAGUUGAUCGACAUCAUGGCGAGGCAUGUUGUCGUUGGCAGUCUCGCGGGGUAAACACGAGGUUUACAGCCUGGGGCCAAUCUUGCCGCGUCUCCUGAGUAGUACGUUUAAAUGGUGCACUCCCUGCAAAAUCCAACGAGUGCGAAGUACCGUGGAGGCAAAGCAUGCAGAGCAGUUAUCUCCCACAUAUACAUCCAUUUAUCAACUCGAGAUCUUCAACCAUCGCGAAAACAUUCC